AGUGGGAGAGAAAAGGGAGAGGGCAAAGCCAGUCCACAGACACAAAUACCCUCCACUAGCAUCACCACUACCACUACUACAACUACUAAAAGUAAUAGCAGCUGAAGCAGCAGCAGCAGCAGCAGCAGCAACAGCACCAGCAACAGCACCAGUACCAGCACCAGCAUCAACACCAGCACCAGCACUAGCACCAGCACCAGCACCAACACCGUCAUUAGUCUACAUACUAGCCUGUUCACCCUGGCCUAGGGGUUUACCUUGCUCUCCUCGUGCUGUUACGACUGUGUCGGGGUUUGGGGGUGUAGACGCAGGCGCGAACGCAGACGGAAUAUAGGUGGACAAAACGGCGCCGAGCAUUCCGUCAAAGCCAGACAGUGCGGCACGAUCGAAAGAGAGCGAGAGCGAAACCGUGGAAAAAGAAUUUCGAUCUGGAAGAAAAAUCUCGUCCUUCGGUUUUUCUUAUAAUAUAUUUUUUGUUCGCUGUCAAGUAUUAUCAUUCGAGUAUCUCACGUUGUUAGAAUUCUUUUUAUUCUUUUCGUGAGAAAUGGGAAUCGUCAAAACGGCAUCCGAGAGUAUACUAGAAGAGACAGUCGUACCUAGCGAAGAAGCUAAUUAUUCCUUGCAAGGACAUACUGAAGAGUGGAGUGAGAGCUUUCCAUACCAGCUACUGAUAGGAACUGGAGUUGCCUUGAUGGCUCUAGUACUUUUAGCUGCAAUUAGCUUCCAAUGCUCUUCUACUUGGCGAUGGUUGAUGAGUGUCGCUCGCCACGAAAACGACGAAGAUGCGAAUGGUGAUUUGUCUCAGCAAAAUGCCAUUCGCAUAAGUCACUCCUUGCCGGAUUUACAAUCGGAACCAAUUACUCAUGAAUAUGUUCAAGAACAAAAGGACAGUAAGAAGGUGUUGCGUCAAACCACUUUGCCAAUUGUUCCGAUGCGCCAUCAAAGUUUUCAACGGCAAUUGUCUCACCGUCUCGACUUGCCCAGUAUCAAAUUCAGUAUUUGCAGUCUGGAAAAUCGUAGCGAUUCUAGUCUCGGCCUUAUCAAGCCGGAACUCUACAAAAAGGAUCUCGUAAGACAGGAAAGCACGGAGAGUUCUAGCACUACAGAAAUGGAAUACGCCGGAAAGCUACACUUCGCUCUUCGUUACGACAAGGAGAUCGACGGUCUCGUCGUUAAGGUUUUAGAAGCACGAGAAUUACCGGUGAAAGAUGUAACAGGUAGCAGCGAUCCUUAUAUAAAGGUAUAUCUCCUACCCGAUCGAAAGAAAAAGUAUCAAACGAAGGUUCAUAGAAAGAACUUGAACCCGAUCUUCAACGAAACAUUUAUCUUCAGCGUUCCUUACGAGGAAUUGAAGGAACGCUACUUACAAUUUUCCGUCUACGACUUCGACCGUUUCUCCCGACAUGAUCUCAUUGGCCAAGUGGUACUUAAAGGAUUGUUGGAUUGCACCGAUCUUGAGCAAGAAAUCGAGUACACGAUGGAUAUUCUCUCUGCACCUCAGGAAAAAGUGGAUCUAGGGGAAUUAAUGCUAUCUCUUUGUUAUCUUCCAACCGCUGGACGGCUGACUCUGACAGUGAUCAAGGCUAGGAACCUCAAAGCUAUGGAUAUAACUGGAUCGUCCGAUCCCUACGUAAAGGUAUACCUUCUUUGUCGUGGUAAACGAAUAAAGAAAAAGAAGACGACCGUGAAGAAGAAUAUGCUCUUUCCCGUGUAUAACGAGGCGCUCGUUUUCGACGUGCCAGCAGAGAACAUAGAAGAAGUCAGCCUCAUAGUGAAAGUUAUCGAUUACGAUAGGAUCGGUUCAAACGAGUUAAUGGGUUGCACAGCAAUCGGUUCAAGCUUUAUCGGGAUUGGUCGAGAUCAUUGGUUAGAAAUGUUGGAUAAUCCGAGGAAACCAGUAGCUCAAUGGUAUCCUCUUCUUGAAACCGUAGCAGGUCAUAUCCCUUCUGUUGCUUCUGAGCCACUUCCAGUAAGUUUGAGCUGCUUAAAUAGUAGAUGAAGACAAAAGGUUGGAAGAAAAACAUGCGGAUGCUCGCAGAAUUCUUUGAACGUUGACUUGGACAACGUCCCUCUCUGUCGUCAUUUAAUGCAUAUCGCUUGACUGACUUAAGUACAAUCUCUAUUUCAAACAAGGGCUCGGAAGUCAAAACUCUGUGCUUUUAAAAUCUUUACUUGCGACAGAUGUGGAUUAAUAAACGAGUACUCGCUAAGGACAGCCUAUGAAAAAAGGUAAAAAAAAAAAGAAACAAAAAAAAGAGAAAAAAAACAAAACAAAAAGAAAAGUAAAAAAGAAGAGGGAAUCUAUGGCCGUUUGCUGGAACUUGUAUAAGUUAGUCGAGAUUUUCGGCAAUGAGAAAGAUGACCAAAAAGAAAAAGGAAAUAAAUAGUUAGGUAUGUAGAUUAGAGAACAAAGAAAGAAAGAGAGAGAGAGAGAGAGAGAGAGAGAGAGAGAGAGAGAGAGAAUGUGUGUAUGUGUUUUUGACGAUAAAUAAAAAUCUUACGAUAUCCAUUAAAAUUAAUCACGGGCUGGACCCGCGAUAUUUUAUCAAACGCACACCUUGAUUUUAACGUAUCAUGACGGUCAUGACGUUCAUUCGAAAUUGUUAGAAAUAAAACUUGCAAAAUUAGACGGAUAGGUAAGUUUUUAUAAAAAAAAAUAAAAAGAAAGAAAGUCGAGAAAAAGAGACGUACGUAGGUAUAUAUGUGAAUAUGUACACACAUAUAUAUAUAUAUAUAUAUGUGUGUGUGUACGUUAUACCUCAUGCAAGAAUUUCAAAAUGACGCCUCUUCGUUCUCGCGAAAGCUGGCUGCAUCAUAAUGCAUUAUGACAAAGUACACAGGGCCUUAUCCUCAGGUUAGACGAAAGAACAAAGACAGCGAAAUGGUAGUAUAAGAGAUAAAUCAUUUUAAAAAAUAAAAAAAAAAGAACGAACAAAACCGGUUUGAUGAAUUUGGUAUGUUGUAACUACGUAAAGAAAGCACACGUUAAAAAAAAAAAAAGAUAAAAACUGAAAGAGAAAAAGAGACACAGUUAUAUAAAGUUUGAU